GGGGUGCACAGCACUGCUCAUGGUUCAGUUGGUGCAUCACAGCAGCCUUCUGCAUGAUCCCUUCUUUAUUUCCCUCAUAUCGUCUCAUCUUUUUAUGACUGUUAAUAUUAUUUUUUCCACAGGAAAAUUCAGAUUGAGAAGUGCUCUGAAAGCAUUUCUAAAGCAGGAACGCAAGUGUCACUUGUUCUUACCUUUGGCUGGGGAGUUGGUGUAAGCUAUCAGGUCAGAGCUUAAAAGCUGUAGGAAGAUUAAUAAGUGACCUGAUUUUUCACUAGUGGUAUAGAGGGCUGAUAAAGUAAUUGCUACAGGUAAGUGCAGAAAUUUGGCAAGCCUCUUUACUUGUGUCCUUUCUUGUUUAAAACCUUUGAUCCUGACAGCAGAUAACAUGGGUUGUUUCUGGAGCUUGACUCCAUAAAGGCCUACAAGUCCAGAAGAGGCUCAAGGCACCAAAACUCAAAUAAAAGCACGACUGGGUAUCAUUUUGAGCACCUUCUUUUUGUCUUGAGCUCCCUAGUCAUGGGGCUUUGACACGUGCAGACAUAAAGCUGCAGCGGCAGCACAGGAGGGCCCACAAUGAAGGCCAGGCUGUGCAAAACCAAAUAGCUGGCUGUAAAAAUCCAGAGGUGCUAAAAGGGAGAUUUAAAAGCACAAUAGAUUGUUUAGCAGGAACUCAAAUUUUAGUCUCCACCGUUUGCUGAGAGGAGUGAUUUGAGUCUGCCUGAAUAUCCAGUCAGUGCCCCUUAGUGCCUUGCACUCUGUGUGUGUGUAUUUGGUAGGUAGUCAUACCAGGGCCCCGUGCUGCUAAAACACUUCCAUGCAGUGCUUAUCCUGUGGCUCCAGUGCUUUGUGUGAGAGCUGCUCCUGCGUUCAGCAACGACUGAAGAUGGCCUGAGGUCUCUGAACACUACUGGGUUCUUCAUGUGCUCCCCGAAGCUGUGGGAUGUGCUCCCCAGAGCCGAUGGCUGUGUCAGGUGUGAAGAGGUAUCUGGGCACACACAGCCAACCCAAGGCCUCGGGUGCUGUAUUCACUGCUAAGGGCCUUCAGGGAAUGAGCUGGAGGGCAGGAGAGAACCACGCUCACAUGCACCCAUGGGCCAGCGUUCUCAUACCCAAAACUGUUUUGUGGGGGCAGAUAUUCCUCACAUUAGUGCUUCUUCCUUGCCUAGAGGAUCAGAAGGCUUUGCAGCAGGGCAAGCAAAGCUGUACAGUAGCUAAUGAGGUUUUAAUAACUAGGAAUGAUUGAACAUCUUAACAGGUGGCCAUUGGUCUGGGCACUUGGUCUGUUUUGGCAUCACCAGAGUACCUCGUCUGACCUGCAGGAGUUGUUGAGGUUGACACUUGCAGAAGUGAUCCUCCACAGAUUGCAUUCAUGCCUCUCUGGGCCCGUGCAGCAGGUGGAUUUCUGUGCUGGGGGAGCUGCAGCUUCCUUCACAGUCUCCCUUCGUGCAGUGGACAACAUCACAGUUACAAUUAAAAUGAAACCUGGUGUUUUACCUGUCUGUCUAAUUCGUGUAAAAAAUGGACCCAGGUUUGAAUUGAAGAUAAGACCAGGGGAAAAUGUGACUUUAACCUUCUCUUGUAACACUCCUGAGAAAUAUUUCAUGAUGGAAAUUCAGAAGAAUAUUGACUGUGUAUCAGGCCCGUGUCCCUUUGGAGAUGUUCAUCUUUACCCACCAGGGCUACCUCGCCUUAACAGGACUUUCAUCUGGGACGUGAAAGCGAGUACAAAAGCUGGACUUGAGCUGAAAUUUUCUGCCCCAUUAAGACAGAUUCAACCAGGAGAGGUGUGUCCAGAUUUAGUUAGCUACAGCAUCAACAGCUGCAUUGAUGCAGCCACGGUCAACAUUGGCACCUUCUGCAGAAAUGGCUCGGUGUCUCGUGUCAAACUGCUUGGAGGAGUCAUCUUGUCUCUGCACCUCCCUUGGAACUUGACUCUCACAACCUCAGGCUUUAACAUUGCCAACAGAUCUUCCAUAAAACGGUUAUGCAUUAUUGAAUCCACUCUGGAGGGGGAGUCUUCCAUCAUGCUGAUGUCCCCAAACUAUCCCCUGGGCUUUCCAGAAGAUGAGCUCAUGACAUGGCAGUUUGUAGUCCCUUCCAACAUGAGAGCGAGUGUGUUUUUCCACGAUUACAGCCUUUCCAAUUGCGAAAGGAAGGAGGAGAGGGUGGAGUAUUACAUACCUGGCUCUGUCAGUAAUCCUGAGGUGUUUAAGCUGAGUGACAGCCAGCCUGCCAAUAUUGCUGGCAGCUUCAACCUGUCUCUGCAGGGCUGUGAUCAGGAUGCUCAGAACCCAGGCAUCCUUCGCUUGCUCUUCCAAGUCGUCGUUCAGCACCCUCAGAUUGAUGAGAAUGUCACUCACGUGGUUGACCUCAGCAAAGAACGGAAUAUGACUGUAACAAUACACUUUGAAGGGUGGCCCAGGCGAACCCCGCUCGUAUCAGAACCCAUGUGCCUGAUCUGCAAGGAUCCUCGCACUUGUGACCGAGUUCUGACCUUGGCCUCUGGCGCCACCUACAAGAUUUCCUUUCUGUGCAAGGACUUAUCCAGCCUGAGGAUCACGGCCGAGAAGGGCAUAAGCUGUGUGGGGAGUCUUCGGUGGUGUGGGAGCAGGAUCUAUUCCCUUUCAGUGCCCAAGACUAUCACCCAAUUGCCAGUCCAACUGCAUAAAUUUAUUUGGAGGGUCAUAGCUCCCGAACUGAUCAAUAUAGAAAUCACAUCUCCGUCCUUGAAACUGCGGCAACACCUCCCAGAGCAGAGCUGCAACACAAGCUACAGCUAUAACAUUUUUAGUGCCACCCCGGAGACAGAGAUGAAUGUUGGUAUAUUCUGCCCUGGUGGAGCCAUUGAAAAGAUUCAGUUGAGGAAUAAUAUCACCAUAUCUUUAAAAACAUUUGGUAAAGGUUUCGUCAAUGAGUCUAAUCAUCAAGAUCUGAAAAUGUCUUUCGUGCCACAUAUUAAAGACGAGUGUACUUUUACCGUGAGUCCAAAUUCAAAAGCUAAAACCUACUUACAGACUCCCAACUCACUUUAUGGUCUGCCCCCUUACGUCUCCAUCUCCUGGUACGUCAUUGUGCCCAGUCAGCAAGUUGCCCGCCUGGGGUUCUCCACGGACCGCAUGGGCAUUGCUUGUGAGACAGGGCGUGCCUACCUCAACAUAAAGGAACAGAUGCCUGGGGCAGAGGAAACUGUGCGCCGUGAGGAUGAGCUGCUGCCUCAGCCCCGAAAUAUGCAUCAUAACUUCUGGGUAAACGUCUCCAAUUGUAAGCCUGUGGACCCGAUGCAGCUGACCUUGAAGUUCUGGGUGACUUUUGUUGAAAAGCAGAUAGAUCUAGCAGUGAUACUUGGUGUACUGGCUGCGGCUGGAGUUCUUGCGGCUAUUGGACUCACUGUGUGCUGUGUUAAGAAGAAGAAGAAGAAAAACCAGAAUCCCAUGGUGGGUGUAUACAAUGCAAAUGUCAGUACCCAGAUGCCUGGAAAGCAACGCUUGUUCCAAAAAGAUAGGAAAACCAACGAGUCCCACGUCUACGCAGUUAUCGAUGAUGCUAUGGUCUAUGGGCACUUGCUGAAGGAAUCCAAUGGCUCAGUCACUCCAGAAGUUGAUGUGUACCAGCCUUUUGAUGGGCCCAUGGGUAGCUUGCCACCUUCUCCACCUCCAUUCUCCUUUAGAAAAGACUCUAUAAAACACUCUCCUAACACAGAGGAACCUCCACUUCUGGCAGAAACAGACCGUGACACUUACACGUUUGCUCAUCAGAAAUCAGGGGACCUGGAGGACAGUGGAGACGAAAAUGAAAACAAUAAUGGCGAUACAAGCAUGUCCUUGCUGGAGAAUAAGGAACAGAACAGCUUAGAAGAGUAAUUUUAUGCCAGGCACGGUAGUUUCCUGUGGAAAUCCAGACAGCCUGCAAGGACAAAUGUCCAGGGAAAAGAUAGCAGAAGAGGAGUGUUAUUUUUAAGUAUGUUUUGAUAUUAUUUUUGCUUUGUUGUUUGUGUUGUUGUUGUUGUUCGUGUUGUUUUAAUUCAGCUGUUGGUAGCUUCCAGUUUUAGAGUGAAUAUCUGGUAAAUUCAAGCAUUGGAGCACUCUGAAAGCAUGUGAGUUGUGAGAUCGAUGUGGGAUGGAUGGCAGAGGUAUGCUCUUGCUUUCUAUUAUCCAGACAUCAUGAAAAGGAAUUCAUAACAAUAGCAAUUUAAAACUGUGCUAAGAAAUCAAGUGGAAAGUGUGUUUUGUGCAGUAUUCCCUCCUUUCUCACAAGUCAUUUAACCUGAGUGUUGGCUGGUGACUUUUUGAAGGCAUAGGCCACCUCAAGGACUCAAGGCAGCUCCAGAUUGCACAGGUAUGGAUUCCUUCUCCUAAUGUCUAAGCAAAGUAGGAGAGGCUGUCAUGUCUACUACUUGCUGCUUGAAAAUUCAUUUGUAUUUGAUGUAGUGAUUGAGUGUAAAUUACUGAAACACCACAUGUAUGCAGCCUGGAAGAGCUCCGUGCAAGUUAAUCAGUGUGUAUACUUGAGCUUGGGCUUGCCUCGCUCAGAAGUACAGUUCUGUUUUUCUCUGAUUUCCAACUGAUACUCUAGUACUUCAGCAGCGCUGUGUAAGCCUAUACCAAAGACUGCAUUUUCUUUUGCUUUUUUUUACAAAAACAAUUUCAAAAUUCCAAAACAGUGUGCAGUUGUUUUCAGGUGCCCUGCAGCAUUCACCUUUUGUUGGUUUCUUGACCUUUUUGUCCUAGAGGUACAGGUUUGGUGAGGACGUGACAGUGUAGCCAUCCAGCUGUUUACUAACGCAUUUCACUUCAACUCGUAGAUGCUUGUUUAUCUAAUAAGGUUAAAAAGGGGGAUAAAGAAAAUAGAUUAUAUUCCACAGCCUGUUUCUCUGAAGUGUAAAGCAUAUGAGCGAAUCCUUAAGAG